UACAAGCUUCAUACACAGGAAAGGACCUGGACCACAGGCUGCUGCUCUGAAGCUUCCUGCACAAGAUAUAGUCGGUCUUACUCGCAUCUGGACUCUGAGAGAAGAAAGAAGUAAGAAGUGAGGAAGAGAAACGAGAGACUCUGAAUCAGUGGAAGGGAGAGUUCACAUUUUCUCUGUUGAGGAGCUUGGUAACAGCAGGCAAAAUGACGAACCCAACAGAACACACCUUGCCGGCCAACUCGACAGUUGAGAGCCGUGACGGGGAGUUUGGCUGCACAGUGAUGGACCUGAGGAAGCUGAUGGAGCUGCGUUCAAGUGACGCAGUAGACCAGAUCAACAUCCACUACGGAGGAGUGACGAGUCUCUGCAGUAGGCUGAAAACCAACCCUGUGGAAGGCCUAUCUGGGAACCCUGCAGAUCUGGAGAAACGUAAACAAGUGUUUGGACAGAACUUGAUUCCCCCCAAAAAGCCCAAGACCUUCUUGGAGUUAGUGUGGGAAGCCCUUCAGGACGUCACGCUCAUCAUCCUGGAGAUCGCAGCCAUCAUCUCCCUGGUCCUGUCCUUUUACCGCCCCCCGGGGGGAGAAAAUGAACAGUGUGGUCUAGCCGUCAGUAGCCCAGACGACGAAGGGGAGGAGGAAGCUGGCUGGAUUGAGGGCGCAGCCAUCUUAUUCUCGGUGAUCAUCGUCGUGCUCGUGACUGCCUUCAAUGACUGGAGCAAGGAGAAGCAAUUCCGGGGGCUGCAGAACCGCAUCGAGAAGGAGCAGAAGUUCUCCGUUAUCCGGAAUGGGCACAUCAUUCAGCUCCCUGUGGCUGAGAUUGUGGUGGGUGACAUUGCCCAAAUCAAAUACGGUGACCUGCUGCCUGCAGACGGGAUCCUGAUCCAGGGCAAUGACCUCAAGAUUGACGAGAGCUCUCUGACGGGGGAAUCGGACCAUGUCAAGAAGUCCUUGGAGAGGGACCCCGUGCUGCUCUCCGGGACCCAUGUAAUGGAAGGUUCUGGACGAAUGGUAGUGACUGCUGUGGGUAUCAACUCUCAGACUGGAAUAAUUUUUACCCUCUUGGGAGCCAGUGAGGGGGAAGAGGAAGAGAAGAAGAAAGGUAAAAAACAAGGAGUCCCUGAAAAUCACAACAAAGCAAAGACCCAAGAUGGAGUGUCCUUGGAAAUCCAGCCACUCAACAGUCAGGAGGGGAUCGAAAUCCAGCCACUCGACAGCCAGGAGGGGAUCGACAGUGAGGAAAAGGAGAAGGCCGCCAAGCUGCCCAAAAAGGAGAAGUCCGUGCUGCAGGGCAAGCUGACCCGCCUGACCGUCCACAUUGGGAAAGCUGGUCUGAUCAUGUCUGCAAUUACAGUUCUCAUCCUGAUUCUCUACUUUGUGAUCGACAACUUUGCGAUCCAGCACAGACCAUGGCUGGCCGAGUGUACCCCCAUCUACGUCCAGUACUUUGUCAAGUUCUUCAUCAUUGGCGUCACGGUGCUGGUGGUGGCUGUGCCUGAGGGGCUGCCCUUGGCCGUCACCAUCUCACUAGCCUAUUCUGUAAAGAAAAUGAUGAAAGACAAUAAUCUGGUGCGGCACUUGGACGCUUGUGAGACCAUGGGCAACGCCACAGCCAUCUGCUCGGACAAGACGGGCACGCUGACCAUGAACCGCAUGAGUGUGGUGCAGGCUUACAUUGGAGACAAGCAUUACCACCAGAUCCCAAGCCCUGAUGACCUUGUGCCCAAGGUCCUGGACCUCAUUGUCAAUGGCAUUUCCAUCAACAGUGCCUACACCUCUAAGAUUCUGCCUCCAGAGAAGGAGGGCGGCCUGCCCCGGCAGGUGGGCAACAAGACCGAGUGUGCCCUGCUGGGCUUCGUCUCGGACCUGAAGCAGGAUUACCACGCCGUGCGCAGCGAGGUGCCCGAGGAGAAGCUCUACAAGGUGUACACCUUCAACUCGGUGCGCAAGUCCAUGAGCACAGUCAUUGAGAAGCCGGGCGGCGGCUACCGCAUGUACAGCAAGGGCGCCUCCGAGAUCAUCCUGCGCAAGUGCAAUCGAAUCCUGGACAAAAAGGGGGAGGCCAUGCCAUUCAAGAAUAAGGACCGAGAUGAGAUGGUCCGCACCGUCAUCGAGCCCAUGGCCUGUGAGGGGCUGCGGACUCUGUGCAUCGCUUACCGGGAUUUCAAUGAUGGAGAGCCCCCGUGGGACAAUGAGAGCGAGAUCCUCACUGAGCUGACCUGUAUCGCAGUGGUGGGCAUCGAGGACCCUGUGCGCCCGGAGGUGCCAGACGCCAUUGCCAAGUGCAAGCGAGCGGGCAUCACUGUCAGGAUGGUGACAGGGGACAACAUCAACACAGCCCGUGCCAUCGCCACCAAGUGUGGCAUCGUGACACCUGGGGACGACUUCCUGUGCUUAGAAGGCAAAGAAUUCAAUCGCCUCAUCCGAAACGAGAAGGGCGAGGUGGAGCAGGAGAAGCUGGACGAGAUCUGGCCUAAGCUCCGAGUGCUGGCACGGUCUUCCCCCACUGACAAGCACACGCUGGUGAAAGGCAUCAUCGACAGCACUGUCGGGGACCAGCGACAGGUGGUGGCUGUCACCGGUGACGGCACCAAUGACGGGCCGGCUCUGAAGAAAGCAGACGUCGGUUUUGCCAUGGGUAUUGCAGGCACAGACGUGGCAAAGGAGGCCUCCGACAUCAUCCUAACAGACGACAACUUCACCAGCAUCGUGAAGGCGGUGAUGUGGGGGCGGAACGUCUAUGACAGCAUCUCCAAGUUCCUGCAGUUCCAGCUCACCGUCAACGUGGUGGCCGUGAUCGUGGCCUUCACUGGAGCCUGCAUCACCCAGGAUUCCCCACUGAAGGCCGUGCAGAUGUUGUGGGUGAAUCUCAUCAUGGACACCUUUGCCUCGCUGGCCCUGGCCACAGAGCCUCCUACAGACUCUCUGCUGAAGCGCCGGCCCUACGGGCGCAAUAAGCCUCUGAUCUCGCGCACCAUGAUGAAGAACAUCCUGGGUCACGCCGUCUAUCAGCUCACCGUCAUCUUUUUCCUUCUCUUUGCGGGUGAGAAAUUCUUUGACAUUGACAGCGGAAGGAGAGCGCCUCUGCAGUCUCCGCCCAGCCAGCACUACACUAUUAUUUUCAACACCUUCGUGCUCAUGCAGCUCUUCAACGAAAUCAACUCCCGCAAGAUCCACGGGGAGAGGAAUGUCUUCUCGGGCAUCUUCCACAAUCUCAUUUUCUGCUCAGUGGUGCUGGGCACAUUCAUCGGCCAGAUCAUCAUCGUGGAAUUGGGGGGCAGACCAUUCAGUUGUACAAAACUCACCCUGUCCCAGUGGUUCUGGUGCCUCUUCAUUGGUCUUGGAGAGCUGUUGUGGGGCCAGGUCAUUUGCACGAUACCUACCCAAUCCCUGAAGUUCCUGAAGGAGGCUGGGCACGGCACCACCAAAGAGGAGAUCACCAAGGAUGCUGAGGGGCUGGACGAGAUCGACCAUGCAGAGAUGGAGCUGCGCCGAGGCCAGAUCCUUUGGUUCCGGGGCCUGAACCGUAUCCGGACUCAGAUCGACAUAAUUAACACAUUCCAGACGGGAGCCUCUUUUAAGGGAGUCCUAAGGCGCCAGACCGUGGGUCAACACCUUGAUGUAAAACAUGUUCCUAGCUCAUCCUAUAUCAGAGUGGUCAAAGCGUUCCACAGUUCCCUCCACGAAAGCAUUCAGAAACCCAAGAACCAAAACUCCAUCCACAACUUCAUGACCCACCCUGAAUUCACCAUAGAUGAGGAGGGGCCACGAACACCACUCCUGGAUGAGCAAGAAGAGGAAAUUUUUGAAAAGGUGUCUAAGCCUGGGACUAAGAUGUCCUCGCCGGGUGGUGAGGACACUCCAGAAACCAACGAAAACAACAGCUCGGUGGAUUGCUCCCGAGCACAAAUUGUUGCUUCCCACUCGGACAGCCCUCUGCACAGCAUGGAGACGUCGGUUUGAACUUCGUUCUCUGCUUCCCGUUCCUGCCUUCCCUGUCCCCCUUUUCAUCUGUCCCGUCGUUAAGGCGAUGAUGGGCCUUCUCAC